GUUCCUCAAACUAUAUAAAUUACAAUAUGAUUUUGUCAUGCUAUGCACAUGUACGAGUUUUUAUUAUAGAAAGGAUGUGUACUGAAUAUUUUAACACAUAAUCUGUUGAAAGAAAACAAUACAUUAAUUGAAGCCUUAAAUAGAAAAUUUCUUUUGCUUUUGUACAAAUUUAUUUUAGUGUUAUUUGAUCCAUAGGGGUUUAAAACUAUUUAAGAAGCUACAAACUAAUUUAAUCGCACAAGGUAGACUCAAGAGCCUUUGUUAAAACUUUGUAACAAUGUGUAAUUAUUUUUAAACGAUGAAUGAAAGAUAUGAUCUUUGCAAGUGCUGUCACGCACAAACGCUACCUGGUCAAAAUAUAAAGAAUAGUCAUCUAGAUAAAGGACAGGAAACUCUGCAGGAGCAUUUAGUACAUAAGAUAUUUGAAGAUAUUGAUGGUUUGAAGCGGUCAAUCUGGUUAAUGUCACCAGGGUCAACAUCGAAAGCCAUUUCAUUGGUCAGUGAUGUGGAACCAGAUCUAGGAGAUUUCAUGCCUAUCAUUGAAAUGACUGAGGACAUACAUCCCAUAGGUGACAAGUUGGAUGUCAAGGCACAUGGUAAAGUCAUUGAACCAGAUCUAGAUGAGAUAGAGUCUGAUGUUCAUAGUUCCAGUAGUAUAAACAAAAUAUUACAAUCAGCUGACCAUUCAUUGGACAGUUGUGUGAAAUGUCCAGUGAGAAUAGUUAAAAGUGACAAAAAUAAUGUGAAUGAAGGAAGACAUAUGUUUAAUACUGUUCACCCAUCAAACUGUUAUCACAAUUCUCCUUGGAGGCAACCAGGAGUAGGAAGGCGUAUCAUUGCUAAUUUUAACCAGGUAUCUGAAUUGAGAAGUACAAAUAACCUGAGGGAUCAAGUCAAUCAACAAACGAUUAGCAGUUCAGGUAAAACUCACUCCCACACCACCAACAUAUGUGGGUCAACUAUGGAAGGUAAAGCUGUACUAUCUCACAGUAAUAAUUCAGCUUUUGUUAAUCCACAAAUGACAGAGGAUAACAUGGAUAAAUUAUCAGAUAUUAAUCACAACAGUUCGGAAAAAAGUUUAAGUGAUAGAGUGGAAGUUACAUUUAACAAUAACAACCCUACACAAACUUUUAAUGGUGAUGAGGAACUGUACACUUCUUCAGACCCCCCUCCUUGUGAAUGUGAUGAUUGUAUGCUGGAGAAUACGGAAAUUCAGCCAAAACCAGCUAUAUCUCGGCAAAGUUCAGUUUAUUGGAAGAAGAUGAAAAAUAUAGUCAUUUGGUCUCCAUUUAUACAACAGUUUAAGAAACAUCGAUAUCCAUGGAUACAAUUAGCUGGUCACCAAGGAAAUUUCCAAGCAGGAGAGAAAGGAUCUGUUUUGAAAAAGUAUGACAAUAGAGAACAGAAAGCAUUUUUAAAGUUAAUGAAGGACAUUUUAAGACCCUAUGUUCCUGAAUACAGAGGAGUUGUAGAAAAAAAAACUGACCAAUACUUGGAGUUACAAGAUUUGCUAUGUGACUUUGAUACUCCUUUUGUCAUGGAUAUUAAGAUGGGAACCAGGACGUAUUUAGAGGAAGAACUAGUAAAAGCCAAAGAAAAACCAAAACCCAGAAAGGAUAUGUACCAAAAGAUGGUAGAAGUUGAUCCUAGUGCUCCAACACCAGAGGAACAUAAACAGAAGUCAAUUAUAAAACCAAGAUAUAUGCAAUGGAGAGAUGAAAUGAGUUCAUCUGUAGAUCUAGGAUUUAGAAUUGAAGGAAUUAAGAGAAUGGAUGGUGCAUCCAGUAAAAAUUUUAAGAAAACAAAAACACGGAAUGAAGUGAAAGAUGCAUUAUCUUUGUUUAUUGGUAACAAUCAGAUUGUUUUGGGAGUUUACAUCAGGAGAUUAAAAGCUAUUUUGGCAACUCAAGAAUCAUCAGACUUUUUCAAGAGCCAUGAGCUGAUUGGAAGUUCCCUGUUGUUUGUACAUGACAAAACUAACAAUGCAGAUGUAUGGAUGAUAGACUUUGGCAAGACAGAACCCCUACCUUCAGGUAUAACCACAAACCAUAGAACCCCAUGGGUAGAUGGCAAUCAUGAAGACGGAUAUUCAUUUGGACUUGACAAUUUGUUGUUAAUUUUAAAGGAGUUAGAAACACCAUCGUCAAGUAGUUCUGACUAAAUACUGCAAUAUCCUCAUUGUUAUUUAUAUAGUCAUUUACCAUGUUCACUUGUUUAACCACCGCCAUUUUCUCCAUUGUAUUUAUAAAAUCCAUUUCCUGUACAUUUGUAGGGAUACAUUGUUAUACUUGUAGAUAAAAGCAUUACGCAGCUAUUCAUUGUAAAAAAAAUACAUGAAGUAAGCAGCUUCAGACAGCCUUUAAGUAUUUUUUUUUAUAAUGAUUAUUUUUGUUUCCAUAAACGGGUUUGACCUUUCUGAAAAGUUUGAUUAUUUACUUUAGCAAAUUCUGAUUUCUUUAUUAAUGUUUACUCAUAAUAAAUUUCUGAAAUAUACGUUUAAUUACUAUAAAAAACAAUCACGUUUUAAAAUAAAUGAACACAGGGGUGCAAUUUAUGUACCCUUUAUAAGGAAGUGCCCUUCAUACAGGGCUACCCUUUCUAUGGAGUUGCCCUUCAUAAAGAGGUUACCCUUUAUUAGCAGUGAUUUUCUAUCUAGGGAUGCCUGGUAACAAAAUUUUAACUGUUCAUUGUCACUUGAAAGUAAACCGAUUUAAAGUUCAUGAGAAUCUUUUGUAUGCAAUUUUUCAUUUGUAUUAAUUUUCUCAUUGGUGAAAAAAACAAAUAUUAAAAUCCAGUAAAUUAUGCAUUUUUUAGCAUUUAAAUUGUCUCCCCUUAUCAAAGGUGCCAAUAGUAAAUCCUAGUCUGCCAGAAUUUUUAACUAUAUUUAACUACAUAUAUUGGUAAUUAAAACUAUUCUAAAAAGUUAUGAAAAUAAUAUUACAAUUUAUACUCCUAUACUACGAUGUAGUCAUGACGUUGCAGUUGAAAUUUGACUGAUUGACUUAUUAAAUUAGUAUCAAUAUUUGAAUUAGUGCUACCACUUUCUAUUUCCCCAUUUCACAAAGUUCAUACAACUAACAAUUGUUGUGACUUGUAUAUUUAAUGCAAGAUUUACACUGGUUGUAGGUUGUUAGAAUCAUUGUGAAUGGGAGCAUAGUAUCUACUAGUAUGAAGGUGCUUAUUUCUGGCUCUUAGAAAUCAGUUGUAACUUAUGGUACUGUUAGUGCAUGCUGUUUUUAACACAGGCAGCAACUUUGUUUAUUAUGUUCAUUUUAUUGGUGUCCAAUUGUUGUAUAUUUUCUAAAAUUACAAUACAAAUAAAUUUGUGUACAUAAAUGUCACCAGAAAAAUGUGAAAAUAUUUUUGUUUACUAAGAUUUCAUGAUUUUCUAAUAGAGUCUUUUACAUAUUAUAUUAUAUUGAUAUGGAAAAGGGAAAUAACUCAGAAGUCUAUAACUCAUUUAAACUUACAGGUACCUCUUAAUUCAUAUGGGAAACAUAAUCCCUUCUAUUAUGAUAGAAACUCAACUGUAGCUAUGUUUUAUAUACUAUUCUUGAACACUCAUACAGAAUAGUAAAUUCUGUUAUAAAGACAUGUCUAUUAACAAAGCAAACUUGAAAUGUUGGUGCUAUGUCUUGCCAUUACAUGUCUCAUUUUUAUCUGUGACAAAUAUUCCUUGCCAAGACACCUCACUUUAAAUACAUUGAUUUAUUUCAAUCUAAUUUUUUAUAGGUUUAAUAUUAAAAAGUUAUUUUCUAGUAUUGAGUCUUGAUAUAUGUGCCACUUUAUAUUUGGUUUGUAAAACUUGCAUCAAAUAACUCUUAUUUAAAUAUUCCUGAUGUUCUUUGAUUUAAAUAUUAAUGAACAGAUUGUUCAUACUUAUAUCUCAUUAAAAACACAUAUUAUUUAAAUAUUUAUUUUUAGAAAAGGCCACUUUGAAUGUUUUUUUUAUUCAUUUGAACUUGUUAAGUGGUUAUUAAAAAAGAUUCAAAUUAGAUUAUAUGGCCUUUUCACUGCAGAAGAAAGUUAAAAGCCAUUUGAAACAUAAAAAAAAAUUAGUUUUACUUUAUUGAAAAAGUUUCAACUUCCUUAAACUCCCUUUUUUUUUUUAACAAGAAUCUUUCUAAGAGGUAAGAUAAGCGUGACUUAAAAAAAUGUUUAUUGUUUAUUGCUUAUUGUAAUGACAUGUCUUUGUGGUUAUAAUGUGCUGAAAAAAAUCAUUCCGUUUAUUAAUGUUUAUUGAAUUUUUUGUUAAGUUUGAUUGUUAUGCUAAAUCUGUAUGUUUUUUUUUAUAAUUUCACUUGUGUAUGUAGAUGGAAUAUGUGGUUCCUAUUGAUUUCGACUGAUUCACUUUAUAAGAGGUUCAAAAUUAUAUAAGGGCCUAAUCUAGAGGGAGAAAUGGGUAAAAACUUCUUCUUUGUGCUUUUGUCUUCCAUUUAGCAUUGACAGGGAUAUAAGAUUAUCCUGGAAAAAUUAUAAGAAUAGCUCCUUUCUUAAACAGAAAAUACCAAAACUUCUCCCCAUCUUAGAUAUCUGGAUUAGCCCAUGUAUAUUAGCUUAUAUGCAGGGAAUUUCACAGUGUAUGGUGCUGUAUAUGUGUGUAGUGCAUUUAAAAGGCAAUUUUAUUCUGAGCACAUGAUUUACAGAACAUUAUCGUGUUAUCUUGUAUUUACUGACAGUAAGUUACAAGUUGCACAUUUAAUAUAAUAAUAAGUUUGUUUGUUACUCACCAAAAGUGUUUUCUUAGAUUUACUGGAUACUCACCAAUAUAACUCACCACCAGGAAAUUGUGCCUGUAUACAGAAAAUUAAAAGAGAAAAUUUUCCUUAUAUAAUGAGUGAAAAUUUAAAACCAAUUAGACUUAUAGUAGGUGUUUUGUUCUAAAACUUGAUAGAAAAUUACAUCUACAUAUCAGUUUGUAACUAUUUGCAACAAGUACAGAAAUCCAUUUUACAAAAGUACUUUCACCAAAUUCUUUAGUUAAACAUGUUCAAUGUAAAUUAGUGCAAUACAUUAUUUUUGCAAAAUCAUGUAAGUAAUAGAAAUAAUCUAGUUGCCUGGCAACAGAAUAAUCAUAAGGUCAUCAAUUACACACGAUAUAAAACCUAACUAUUCUCAGUGCAGUGGUUUCCCUCGAGGCAUCGAUAAUUAGUUUAGUGUAUUGUCGAGAUCAAAUUUAUGUGUGUGUGUUAUAUGAUAUGCUUUAUGCUAUAUAUAAUGGUACUAUAAGGAUGAAAAAUGCAAGAUACUGGUGUGAAGAAAUAGUAAUUUUUUUCACUUUUUUUUUUACCAAUAAAGGUUUUGACCUUUUCAUAUUUUGUUCAGACUGAUGUUGAAUUUUUUUUUUGUAAGAUCUGAUAUGUGCCUUGAUCUGAAAUCAAUUUUAUAAAGUUUUUUUGUUCUAAUAUUGGUAUCACAUAAUGAACUUCAACUUAAUGAUUGAGCAUGCAUAAAUGAAUAUUGCCUCUUUAUAAGUAGCAUUUCUUGGUUUUCAAUUAAUAAAGUGCUGAAAACAGCAUUUAUUAACAGCAGGGCAUUUUUACACUAUGAAAGUCAAUCUUAUGCUGUAAUUUGUGUACUUGAAAUUAAAGGAUCUUUAUGAAUAGAUAAGUGAAGAUUAAAUCCAUCCAUAUUAUACAUAUGUAUAGUAGAUACCUAGAACUUACAGUUAAGCAAGUUUCUUAUAUAUUUAUAUAAUUUUUUUUCUUGUAUAUUUUGUAUAUUUCUACAAAUGUUGUGUAUUUUGUGAAAGUGAUUCUAUAUUAAAUUGUAAAAUUAUUAAAGUUAAAAAUUUA